AUGUACAAUAGCAGGGCUAUAAGGAUAUUAGGCAAGGUGGCUUCCAGCGCAGUGGCAUCGCAAGGUGCCACCCUGUCUUCAUUCAUCCACCGCCUUCCUGACCCUCUUCAGACAUACGUCGAUAUCUCCCUUGAACGCCUUUCCGCCGCCUACUCGCAGCUUCCCCCCUCCACGCAGAACUACAUUGCUAGUGCUGCCAAAUAUACGCAUCUCGACAGCCUUCCACCAACAGCGAUUGCGGGUAGUAUCGUUCUCGUUCUUACCACUGCAGCGAUUUCAAUGAGUAGCUGGGGCCGCUCUUUCUGGGGUGGGCAAGGUCAUCGAUUAUCUCCCUUUGGAAGCAGAGCAUACCCUCCUAACGUCACGGACGAUGACUUCUCUUAUAUCACAUCCGAGGAUCUGCAGCGUCCGGGUGCGUCAUACGAUCCUCACCGAGCCCAGCAGCCACCGUCAAUGUCCCCAGAGGAGGAUGUUCUGUUGAUCAAGAACAAGGGCGUCAUAUACCCCAUAAAGUUUCCUGCAUACAGCAUUGGAGAUGGAAAGUUGCAGGUUCGAGAUAUCAAGGAGCGGGCAGCCGCCGUUAUGGACUUGCCGGAUGGAAGGCAAUUGAAGCUGCUGUACAAGGGCCAGAACCUGAAGGAUGAUUACAGACCUUGCAGAGAUUACAAUCUCAAGAAUCAAAGCGAAAUCCUCUGCAUGGUUGGCGAUGCCCCAGAAGUGGAAGACGAUUCCGAUGAGGGGAGUGAGUCUGUUCACGAGGGAGGCGGCAAGAAGAAGCGAAUUCGCAAGAGCAAGAAGAAGAGCAAAAAGAAGGGUGACCCAAAUAUGUCACCGGGAGAUGGACCCAGUUCCACGAAUUUAGGAACGGCAUCUCCUGCUCCUGCAACACCACAAACAGCCCUUGCAAAGCUACAGGCUAUAUCUUCACAUUUUCACGUCAAAAUUCUACCACUUUGCGUCCAAUAUACCGCCGCACCACCAUCUGAUCCCAAGAAGAGAGAUUUCGAGCACAAGAAAUUGACGGAGACAAUUAUGAAUGAGGUGUUGUUGAAGCUUGAUGCUGUGGAGACGGAGGGCGACAGCGAAGCUAGGGAAAAGAGGAGAGCUUUGGUGAAGGAGACGCAGGGUGUGUUGAAUGGACUGGACGCCAAGGCGGCGGAAUAA